AUCUUCAAAUUGAUUACAGAUUGCAUGAUUCUCAACAUGUCUACCAUGACCACGACAUCUACAGUCAUGUGAUCAAUGUCAACGAAUAUCAAGAAACAGGCAUUUGGCCUGGAUACGAUUAUAUAUGUGAAGAAGACUCCGAAAAUUCCAAUGGCUCCAAUUAUUCCAAUGGCUCGAAUGAUGAUUCCGAUGAAAGCGUUAGUUCUUCUGAUGAUCAAGUAAGUGACAAGAUAACAGCGAAGAAACUCUUGACGAAACUCUUGACGAAGUAA